CUACUGUUAGCAUAUAGCACCCGGGUUCUUCUUCCGGACACGUUAUUGUUGCAUCAGCAUCCAACCCUGCAGCACUAUGGCUAUGUCGACCUCAGCAGAGACAGCCUUUGAGUUUGGCUUCUUGCUACAGAUAAAUGAGGAGGCCGCGCUGGCAGCGGCCCUGAAUGACUACCUAACCUCACGCAGCUACCUGGCUGGGUUCAGCCCCUCCCAGGCCGACCAGAAAGCCUUUAAGCUCCUCCGCAGGCCCCCAGAUCUGCAGCAUGUCCACGCUCUGCGCUGGUACAGACACAUAGCCGCCCUGCAGCAGGACCUCAGCCCUCUGAGCAGCACGAAGGGAAAGCGGGUUCAGCCCCCCUGGUCUCCACCAGCAGGAACAGAUGUUCCCCAACUUAAACUGUACAACAGUUUGACGAGAGCGAAGGAGCCGUUUGUUCCCCAGAAAGGGAACAAGGUGACCUGGUACUGCUGCGGGCCGACAGUGUACGAUGCCUCACACAUGGGACACGCCAGGUCCUACAUUUCCUUUGACAUCCUGCGAAGGAUCCUGAAGGACUACUUCAAAUACGACGUCCUCUACUGCAUGAACAUCACAGACAUAGAUGACAAAAUCAUCAAACGAGCCCGACAGAACUACCUCCUGGACCAGUACGAGGAGAAGCAGCCGCAAGCUGCUCAGAUCCUGCAGGACGUCCUGAGCGCCAGAGAGCCCUUCUGGGUCUACCUGGCUUCAACGACGGACCCUGAUAAGAAGCAGAUGCUGGAGAGGCUGGACGUUUCUGUGACCGCCGCUCUGCAGCCCCUGCAGGCAGCGAUGGAGGGCAAAGCAGCAGAUGAGGUCGUACAACCUCUGGCCCAGGUGCUGUUGGAGAACUCCAAGGACCUGCUGUCUGACUGGUUGGACAAGAAGUUUGGAAGUCAAGUCACAGAGAAUUCAAUCUUCUCCAUCCUCCCGAAAUACUGGGAGGGAGAGUACCAUAAGGACAUGGAGGCUCUGAAUGUUCUUCCUCCAGACGUUCUCACUCGAGUCAGUGAAUACGUGCCGGAGAUUGUGGAGUUUGUGGAGAAGGUCAUCUCGAAUGGUUACGGGUAUGAAUCAAACGGUUCUGUGUACUUUAACACUGCAAAGUUUGACACCAGUCCACAGCACUCGUACGCCAAACUGGUGCCAGAGGCGGUCGGAGAUCAGAAGGCUUUACAAGAGGGAGAAGGAGACCUGAGCAUCUCUGCUGACAGGUUAAGUGAGAAAAAGUCCCCCAAUGACUUCGCCUUGUGGAAAGCCUCCAAGCCUGGAGAGCCUUCAUGGGACUCUCCAUGGGGAAAGGGAAGGCCGGGCUGGCACAUCGAAUGUUCGGCCAUGGCCGGCUCGAUCCUGGGAGCGUCCAUGGACAUCCACGGUGGGGGGGUCGACCUUCGAUUCCCCCAUCACGACAACGAGUUGGCUCAGUCUGAGGCUUUCUUUGAGAACGACCACUGGGUCAGAUACUUCCUGCACACCGGACACCUGACCAUCGCCGGCUGCAAGAUGUCCAAAUCUCUGAAGAACUUCAUCACUAUUAAAGACGCUCUGGCAAAGAACACAGCUCGUCAGCUCCGUCUGGCCUUCCUGAUGCAUUCCUGGAAAGACACCCUGGACUACUCUUCCAACACGAUGGAGUCUGCCGUUCAGUAUGAGAAGUUAAUGAACGAGUUCUUCCUGAACGUGAAAGACAUCAUGAGAGCUCCAACUGACAUCACCGGGCGCUUUGAGAAGUGGGAGGCAGCAGAGGUGGAGCUCAACGACAGUUUCUACGACAGGAAGGCAGCCGUCCACGAGGCGCUGUGUGACAACGUGGACACUCGCACCGCCAUGGAGGAGAUGAGAGUGCUCGUCAGCCAGAGCAACACCUACAUCGCCGGCAGGAAGGCCGCCAAGCUGAGGCCCAACCGCAUGCUGGUGGAGAGUAUCGCUGUGUAUCUGACCAACAUGAUGAAGAUAUUUGGUGCCAUUGAAGGAUCGGAGCCCAUCGGGUUCCCAGUCGGAGGACAAACUCAGAACAUCGAUCUGGAGAGCAUGGUGAUGCCGUACCUCUCAGUGUUGUCAGACUUCAGAGAGGGAGUCCGAAAAAUUGCCCGGGAGCAGAAAGUGAUGGAGCUGCUGCAGCUGUGUGAUGUCAUCCGUGACGAUACGUUACCGGAGCUGGGGGUCCGACUGGAAGAUCAUGAAGGUCUGCCCACUGUGGUGAAACUGGUGGACAAGGAGACAUUACUGAAGGAGCGAGAGGAGAAGAAACAGAUGGAAGAAGAGAAGAAGAGGAAGAAGGAAGAAGCUGCGAAGAAGAAACAGGAACAAGAGAUGGCCAAACUGGCGAAGAUGAAGGUCCCUCCAAGUGAAAUGUUCCUCACGGAAACCGACAAGUAUUCCAAAUUCGACGAAACGGGUUUCCCCACUCACGAUGUGGAAGGGAAGGAGCUGAGCAAAGGACAAGCCAAGAAGCUGCGCAAACUCUACGAGACCCAGGAGAAACUUCACAACGAGUAUCUGCAGAUGAACCAGAACGGAAACUGAGUGUCUUUACAAACUGUCCGAGCCAUCCACCUUACACAGAACAUAGAGAAUAAAUGUCAAGGCCAGA